GUAUAUUAGAUCUACUCUAUCGAUCGACUCCGGCCAGACUCAAGGGCAGAUAUUCACACGAUCUGGAUGAGCAUGCAGAUACACCAUGGCAAGUGCUAUGAAAUACUGGAAGGAGGCAGCGACUCUUAUCAUUGCAGCCAGAUCCAAAACUCCAAUUAGCAACUACAUAGGCGGCAAGAAAUUCAGCUUUGAUUAUCAAAAUCUCAUGCUGCAGAGGAAUGCCAAAGCUGGCUUCUUCCCAAGCGCUCAGGUCUUUCCUGGUGGACAGAUAGACAAGUCUGAUUUUAGUCCUGAGUGGUUGGAUAUCUUCAAGAAGUAUGGUAAUAUUCACAGAACAGAGGACUUUGGUAGGCUGGUCAACAUACAAGGCAUUAGGCCUCCCUUGCUUUUGCAGGAUCACCAGUCUCCAUUACCUAUUGAUGUUGCCUAUAGGAUAUGUGCUAUUCGGGAGACGUUUGAGGAGUGUGGCAUCCUGUUACUCAGGAAAUCUAGAGACACCAUUUCAAACCCGGACACGGUUACCCUCGGCAAAUGUGCAGCAACAGACAAUGCAGACCUCUCGCACUGGCGAGAACGAGUCCACGAUGACGCCAGUAGCUUCCUCUCGCUUUGCCAAGAAGUAGGUAGUGUCCCAGACAUCUGGUCAUUAGCAGAAUGGUCAAAUUGGUUGACCCCGUCAGACAUGACACAGCGGCGCUACGACACAAUAUUCUACAUUGCUUGUUUAGAUCAGCUACCCGAGGCUCUGGAGGACACUACUGAAAUUGUGCAGACUAAAUGGGUGACACCAUUGGAAAGCUUGCAACUAUUUUCAAAUGCAAAGACCUUUCUCCCACCACCCCAAGUUUACGAGUUUAGACGACUUCUCAGGUUUGAAUGUUUUGACCAGCUUUACGAGUUCUCCAGGAGCAGAGCAUUUAAGGGGACAGAGAGGUAUCUUCCAGUUAGAUGUAACAUUGAAGACGCUGUACUCUCUAUAUUACCAGGUGAUGCCUACUACCCAGCUCAUCCAAAGGACGAAUCAGAUAAAGACUAUCGGCUAAGAUUCGAGGAGACGGUCGAGGACAGCAUGAACACACAGAUGGCAACAAACAGAUUUGUGUUUAGAACGGUAACAGACUAUGACCUUUUAAACUCAUUUGUUCAACCAACUGGUCAAGUUAGUCCCGUUACUCAUCAUAUUCCUCCUAAUGAGGACAUGGAGAGUGACUCCAAGUUAUGAGCUUUAGUUCUCUUGAAAGAUUAAAAUGUAUUCCCCUUUAAUAUAUUGAGUGACCACUAAAGACUGUUUAUGCCAGGCCUCAUUUAUAGUCAGUUCCUAAUUCCUUUGAAUAUAUCAUUUGCUGAGAGUGAGGAGGGCAACCCUUCUGGCCCUCAGCAGACAAAAUUACAAAUAAAUUUAGUGCAUGUGGGAUUUAUUCCAUGUAAGCUCAAAGGAUAAACAUAAUAAAGUCUAUAUUUGUUUCCAUAAUUUCUCAUUAUCGCACUAAAGGCAAAAGAAAAAACUAGCAAGAAAUUACAGUACUGAAAUAGUUACAUAAUUCACUAAAAUUGACAAAAUGACAAGUUCUUUACAUGUACUUAUGAUAAUUUGUAUGAUUAUUAUAAUGGUUAUCAUUGUAUCAGUUAGGUGUGUUUCAUAAAAACUUCAGAAGUAUUUUAAGUCUCAUGUGGAAGACUGCAGUUGAUGUGCUUGAUUAAAAAAAAAACUUUUUUGGAGUUUUUAUCCAACUCUGCCCAAAAGUUUAAUACCUGUUUAAAAUACAGCAAGAAUGGAAUGCAAAUUCACAUAUAUAUGGUAGCCAAAUUAAUAAAGCGCACAACACGAAAAGAAGAAGUGAAUUCAUAAACAAUGUUAUUUUGUUUUAAAAUGUCUUAUAGAACUUAUCUUGUUGUCUUGGGGAACUAGAUGGUCCCUGCAUCAAACUUGUGGUAAUGAGAGAAUUCAGUAGUCAGCUUGUUUUCUCCAGCAAAACUAGUAGAUUAAUGUUCCAUUCAAAAA